UGAAAUGUGCAGCAGACAGAGCCUUGACUAGAAGCACAAGCUCCCUGUCGUCCCGAGAGGCGUGGGGACCUCAAUUUACUCAUUUGCAAAAAGAAGAAAGGGGAGCACCGGCCGCUUGUGCCCCUCACUUUAGAGGUGACUGCAGAACUCUCACGUGGACGGCUGGCCCCGUUUCCCGCUACCUAAGGAAGCGGGCUCCUCUUUGCCAGCAGUUGAGAUGGCGCCUGCGGCGUCAACGCGAGGCGCAUGCGCCUUGGAGGGAGAGGCUGGCCGCGCAGGGCGGAACGCGGCUCCUCCUUCCUCCCCGCCCUGCCCCGUUUCCGGCGGAAGCGGCCUCAACAAGAGAAACUUUAUUGUUCCCGUUGGGGCGGCGAGGAUGUCGGUGAAUUACGCGGCGGGACUGUCGCCGUACGCGGACAAGGGCAAGUGUGGCCUCCCCGAGAUCUUCGACCCCCCGGAGGAGUUGGAGCGGAAGGUGCGGGAGCUGGCGCAGCUGGUCUGGCAGUCCUCCAAUGUGGUGUUCCACACGGGGGCCGGCAUCAGCACCGCCUCGGGCAUCCCCGACUUCAGGGGCCCCCACGGCGUCUGGACGAUGGAGGAGCGGGGCCUGGCCCCCAAAUUCGACACCACCUUCGAGAGCGCGCGGCCCACGAAGACCCACAUGGCACUGGUGCAGCUCGAGCGCGUGGGCCUCCUGUGCUUCCUGGUCAGCCAGAACGUGGACGGGCUGCACGUGCGCUCCGGCUUCCCCAGGGACAAGCUGGCGGAGCUUCACGGAAACAUGUUCGUGGAGGAAUGCGCCAAGUGUAAGACGCAGUAUGUCCGGGACACCGUCGUGGGCAGUAUGGGCCUCAAGGCCACGGGCCGGCUCUGCACCGUGGCCAAGGCCAGGGGGCUGCGUGCUUGCAGGGGCGAGCUGAAGGACACCGUCCUGGACUGGGAAGACGCCCUGCCUGACCGGGACCUCACCCUCGCCGACGAGGCCAGCAGGAACGCAGACCUGUCCAUCACUCUGGGCACCUCCCUGCAAAUCCGGCCCAGCGGGAACCUCCCACUCGCCACCAAGCGCCGAGGAGGUCGACUGGUCAUUGUCAACCUUCAGCCCACCAAGCACGACCGCCACGCCGACCUGCGUAUCCAUGGCUACGUGGAUGAGGUCAUGACCAGGCUCAUGGAGCACCUGGGCCUGGAGAUCCCCACCUGGGACGGCCCUCGAGUGCUGGAGAGGGCGCUGCCCCCCCUGCCUCGCCCGCCUGCCCCCAAGCUGGAGCCCAAGGAGGAGGCCCCCACCCAGCUCAAUGGCCCGGCACCCGCCAGCCCCAAGCCGGACCCCUCCGCCGAGCCCUGUACCCAGCACAACGGCUCUGGGCCUACCAGCCCCAAGAGGGAGCCGCUGGACAGUCCUGCACCCCACAGGCCCCCCAAGAGGGUGAAGGCCGAAGCGGUUCCCAGCUGACCAGGGGGCCCGGGGAGGGUGGGGCUUUUUGUAGAGACCAUGAGUCAUCUUUUCUUACUGUUCUCACUUUGUUACUUUCACCUGCCCUUGCGGGUGGGGGGCAACCUCAGGGUGCUGAGAGCUGGGCUCCAGGCCCCAGGGCAGGCCCACCCCCCACUGCCUGUCUCUUUAUGUUGAGGGGCCUGUGGUGUGGGCCUGGGGAGGAGCAUUUUCACCCUGGACGCUGACCUUGGAGCUGACCCCAGGCACCUGCUCGUCCCUGUGCCCCAGCCCCUGACUCAGGAUGCUCUGGGGAGGUGUGGCCAGGCCCUCCCUAGUUCCCAGCCUAAGCAAGAGUUAACUCCCUCUGCCCUCACACUCCCCAUCCCCUGCCUGCCCCAAAUCGCCUUCAUGAUCCCUCCGGGAGGUAAGGGGGGGCAGAGCCACCUUUUCGGAGCCAGACUUCUUGGGGGCACAGACAAUAGAGGCUUGCACUGCCUUUGGGGCUAGAGGGAGAGAGAGGCGUGUUCACCUGGUUCCUCCAGACUUCCAGAAAAGUCUUCAAUGCAAUAAAAGCAGAAAUUCUUGCA